AUGUCAGCAGAAAGCUCAACAGUCACGGUUCGUCUUGUCCGCUCCUUUGAACACCGGAACUUCAGACCCGUGGUGUAUCAUGGAGUUAACUUGGAUCAGACAGUCAAGCAGUUCAUCACUUUUGUGCAGAAGGAUGUGCCUUCAAGAACAGGACUUCCUCCUCCUUUCAGGAAUUACAAGUAUGAUACCAUGAAGAUCAUUCACCAAGCACACAAAUCUAAGACUGGUGAACUUGUAGUGAGUUUGGAAGAUGAUGAGAAACUGAUUUUGAAGGAAGACAGUACACUGAAAGCAGCUGGAGUAGCAAAUGAGACUGAAUUAGCAUUCUUCUGUGAGGAAGAUUACAGAAACUACAAAGCUAAUCCUGUUUCUGCCUGGUGAAGAUCCCAAGAGAUUGUUUUGUUUUCCCAUACCUCUUGUAAAUUUUCCUUAUUCUGCUUAAUGAGAUUUUUCUUAAAGAUCAAUAAAUCCUAGAGGAUUGCUUUG